CAUGCCAUCACUUCACUUGGGUGGCUGACUAGACGCAUUCGCAUCUCACGGUCUGGGAAUGGGAUCUUUACUGAGUUCAAAGAAAAACUUCCAAUUCUUUCGAGUUUACGCUCUGCAGAAGCUGCUCUUCAAACUGCAGGGAUAGUUGUCGCUGCAGGUGCAGGGUUUAUAUCAGCGCACACUGAAAAGAAAACCUCUCCAAGACGCACUAGAGCUUCAGGAAGUAUCAGGCGCAAGAAACUAUCACGUUAUCUGAAAUUCCGCUCUGUUCAGUUGGAUUCUAGCUGCAUAUCAAGUCAGGUCAACGUAGAAGUAACGAAAUAAGCGUGCGUAAACGUUGGAGCUGUUACGCAUGGGUGACGGUUAGUCUGAGGAGGCCCCUAAUGCAAGAAAAAGUUGAAGGACACGGAUUUUUUGGCGUUUAAAACCUGGGAGAAGUGUUACAUUUGCAGUCAUGGCAAAAUGGUUCCGAGAUUUCCCAAUCAACCUGAAAAAUGGGACUGAGAGGGUCCGCUCGGCCUCUGAGUCUGGUUCACAAACUAGACCCAAACCCACAUUUUCACGGGACAGUUUGAAAGGAAAUCAACGUAAAGAUGGUGGUGUGGGGAGCCUGUUGGCUGGGAGAAACAGGAAAAACUCUGCCACCGAGCUUGGACGCAACAACGCUGGUUAUGGGGGGACUGUCUGGGACAGCCUUACCACUGGGAAAGGUCGAAAAAACUCCAAGACCGAGACUGGGGGAUCAGAUGAAAACCGCCAGGUGAGAAGCUCCAGUCUGGCGCAGGCGUACAUCAGCAGGAUGAUCAAGGUGGACAAGCAGGACAAGAACCCCAAACUUGACGGGAUAAGUGAACAGAAGCUUUCCGAGAACGAGAAGGCAAAGUCGGACAUAAAAACUACGUUGAUAAUUCUGGAGGAUUAUGCAGAUCCUUUCGAUGCGGAAAAAACAAAAGAGCAGCGAGAGGCAGAGAGAGCAGGGGUGAAUGAUGGCUACAUGGAGCCAUAUGAUGCCCAGGUCAUCAUCACAGAUGUUCGUCGGCGGGGCUCCAAAGACCUUCUGAAAGUGUGCGUCCUGUUGGACCGAGGUCAGCAAGAGGGGAAGGGGGAAGACGGAACGUCUUCUCCCCCUAACAUCUACGACACACCCUACGAAGGUGGACUGGAGGGCGACAGUGAGGGUGUGUGGAUCCCUGUCACACGACCGGAGUCUGAUGCUCGUCCGGCCGGAGAGUAUGAACUGCCUUGGGAGUGGAGAAAGGAGGACAUUGUCAGAGCAUUGUCAGCUCAGUUUGAGGGGGUGGAUUGUUCUUCCAGUAUAGAGAAUACUCCGACCUCCGGCCGUCAGCAGCAGCCGCAGCAGCAGACUCUGAGGGCAAGGAACUGGAGCCACAAGGCUCUUGUCUCAACGUCUGCAUCAACUUCCUCCUCCACGUCCUUUCCAUCUUCUCCUAUUCUUAAACUGUCUCCUCUGACCUCACCAUCUCCUUCUUACCCCACGCUCAAGCUCUCACCCCUCUCACCCUCGUCCAGUCCGACUAAGAUGUCCCCUCCAUCCCCUACUUCCCCCAGUUUCCCACUGGAUGGGGAGAUGGCCAAAAUGGACUGCAGCCUGCCCCUGGAGAAGCAGAGCUGGUACCACGGGAGUGUGAGCCGGCAGCAGGCUGAGGCUCAGCUGCAGCGCUGCAGGGAGGCCAGCUUCUUAGUGAGAGACAGCGAAUCGGGAACCAGCAAAUACUCCAUUGCUCUGAAGACCAGUCAAAGUUGUGUUCACAUCAUUGUGGCCCAGACUAAGAGCUGCAAGGGCUUGGGCUACACGCUGGAUCAGAGCAGCUGUGUUUUUUCCAGCAUCCCCGACCUGGUCUAUCACUACUGCUCUCACAGACUGCCUUUCACCGGAGCACAGCACAUGACCCUGCAGCACCCAGUGGCCCGGCAGCACUGAAACAAAAAAAAAUAGGAAACGCCUUCAGAGGCCACUGCACAUGACUCUCCAGAGACACUAUUGCACACACACACACACACACACACACUCCAUAAAACCCUUUAAUAAAUGGGUGCACAAACUGGAGGAUAUGCUGCUUUACAAGCCAUCUUGUGUGUGCCUUUUGGGUUUGUAUUGUGUCAAUACACCACGUAGUGGCAAUGUCAGACACUUAAAUUCAGUACAUCCUACUGUAGAGCUGGCUUUUACAAAAUUGUCAAAAAUUGAAUCAAUGAAACCUGAACAGGAAAGUAGCAAAUUUAUUUGUACUCCGUGGUGCAUCUGACUCAUUCUACAGAAAAUCGACCAUACAUCACAUCAACUGAUGCCCCUAAGGACACACACAAACUUCUACAUCAAAUUAAAUCAAGUAGAUAAAGCAGAGACUAUACAAUUUGUGCAAUCCCGUCAUGGGUUGCUCUAAAAAGGGUGAUAACCUUUUUAAUUAGCGUGCCCAUAUUCAGUUAGGCCCCGUCUACAAGAUCAAUAUCCCUGAUUAGAGUAUGUACAGGAAUCCUGACUUGUGAAUGAAACUAUUGAUCUGCCCAGAAACUCUUUUUCCAGCCUCUUUGUCUGUCAGGAGAAAGAACAUUAUUGAUUAGAUGAUUAGAGUGAGUGUAACUAAACAGUUUUCAUUAAACUGCAGAACAUAGUCAGAAAAACCGUUUUGUCAUGUGUAACUCUGCAAAUAUACUUCUAACAUAAAGUCUGUGCAGUUUAGUUUAAAAAGGAAGCUGUUAAUAUGGAGGCUCUGUGGUUGAAAAUACAUUAGACAAAGCACAGGAAAAGAGUGAAAGAAAAGUGCAUAAUUUCUCAGAAAACAUGAUUGCAGUCUCAUAGCAAGCACAUCUAAGGACAAGAAGUUGGCUACAACAAAACGGUAAACAUUUUUAACACUUUAUGAUCAUGUGCUGUUUUUUCUAUCGAAGAUGUCAUGUUAGGGAAAUUCUAUAAUGUAUUGUCUAGUUUUCUCUUUUUUUUUCUUCUCAUUUUAAAAUUGUCCUUUUGUGUUGCUGUGUUUUGUCUAAUGUAUUUUCUGCAUCUCAGAGCCUCUGUACUUUAUACUGGACUGUAUUUUAUGACUUGACCCUGUAAAAGGUUGUUGGAUAAUGCCUUUUUACAUGAACGUCAUGAUGAUGUGGACUGUACGUUAUUGUUGUAAAACUGUUACUCGGCAAAUAAAGUACAGUUUAUUUUACCUAUUAAAAUAAGGUGUCACAAAUAAACUUGUCAGUAACAAAA